AUGGUUUCACUGGAGUCGAAAGCGGCAUGGGAAGCACGUGCAAGGGCAAUCGGGGUGCCCGAGGGCUUUUUGGUAGAGCUGCAAGGAUGCAAUCUGGAUACAUUUGGUCAGUGGGCGUUUUGCUGCCAGACUGACCAGAACAGUUUUGAUGAUACACCCAUCAAAGCUUCAGUGGAAGCGCUUUUGGGCCGUGAGGUGACGCCCCAAGAGAUCGUCCUUUGCAGAAGGUUGUACUUUGAGGGUAGAACAUAUGCAGCUUCAGAUAUGCAAGCGAGAAUUGACCGCACUUCAGAGGACAAACCGAGAACCAUGCCACUUGCAGAGCGCAUGGCCAGGAUUGAACGCCAAAAAGGCGAUCUUGUCGGGGUCACAUGGACGGCGGAGUUGGAGCCGGCCCACAAGUUGGUUGACAAAAUCGUGGCGAUGCAAGACGAUGGGGCCCUGCUCUUCAUACCACCACAUGCUUGCAUCAGCCGAGUGCAAGAGAUCCACCAGGAGAAGCAUGAAGUUGCCCUCACCUUUGAUGCUGCUGGCAACAUCCGCAUGGGGAAGAAGGCAGAAGAAUUAAAGUGCGACACCAAUGGUGACCUUAACCUGAGGAAUGCUUGGACAAGAAGGAACCUGGCCUACGACCAGGCUGGAUUAGCCAGCUUUGUGGUUUUGGAAAAAUGGACAACAAAACUGAUGUUGGCCAAGGUCAAGGACCCACCAUCGGGAUACCGCUACAUAACCACACAACAAAUCUGUGAGUGUGACAAGGAGAUGUGGCUGCAGCUAUCCCAGCUCUCUCGAGGGAGGCUGCAGCCAACAACACCAGAUGCAAGGCCGCUGGACGCCUUCAUUGAGCAACUCACCACAUCGCCAGAGGUUUUAUGCUUCCUGACACCCUUACAGGGUACCAAGCGUGAUGAGGGCGAUCACACUGAUGCACCUGGGCCCAAAAAGCCCAAGCCUAACCCAGGAGCACCUUCAGUACCAGGAAAACCAGCUCCAAAAACCGCAGACCAAGCACCAGGCGCCACCAAUUGGCGUAAGCUGCCCCAGGGUUGCCAACGGAAAGGCUGCCAAGUUUUUGCCGUGGAUCACCAAGCAAAUCGUUUCACGCCAAAGGUGCCCACUUUCACCAUGGAUCUGAGCCUUGAUGACGAAGUCAACGUGGCAAAACAGAUGUUAGAAUUUGUGAAGCCAGAUGCAGUCCAUUUUGGACUUAUGUGUGGUACAUGCAGCCGAGCCAGAGAACACCAGGUAUCCAAAGAGUUGCGAAAGCAAGGGGCCCCCACGCCCCAACCACCGAGAGAUGAGUCAAAUCUUUUUGGACGGCCGGGGUUGUCGGCUACAGACAAGAUCAAGGUGGACAAGGCCAAUGUUAUCUAUAAGCACGCCAUCACCUUGCUUAUGGCAUGCUACCUUCUCAACUGCAUUGUUUCAAUUGAAAACCCGGCACGCAGCUGGUUAUGGCCGUUGCUGGUGAUACUUGUCAAGCAGACUGGAAAUGAGGGGUUCAUCAACUGGUAUUUUUCACUGGAGGCAACCUUGUUUGACGCGUGCAUGCAUGGUUCAUCGCGCAACAAAAGCACAACUAUUUUGGGGUCUCCAGGUGUUUUCAACUCCUUAGCAGUGCGUUGUGACCACUCUCAUAGCCAUGAGCCUUGGUCUGCCAAAAAACUUGACGGUAAGGGAUGGGUCUUUGAUACAGCAGCUGAAGCAGAGUACCCGGCGAUACUUGCUAGGCGUUUAGCUGCCUGCAUUUUGCAAAAGCUCGAAGCCGGUCCAACUUUUCUGAACCUGAAACAACUGCGCUUGGACAGCCUUCAAGCUCAAGGGCGACAACACCGAGCGCUUCAACAGCUGAUCCCGGACUUUGUGGCUGAAGAAUUACAGUCGAAUGGGAGUGGUAUCAAAGUAGGUGUUUGUGUGGAGCCGGAAGGUCACAUUGCGAGAGCACUGCAGCUUUUUCACCCAAUGGACUCCACCAUUGUUUUACCUGAUCGGCUAAUGAAAGCCUUGUUUGCCAUGGUCACCAAAGAGCCUGCAGUCUUAGCUAGAGAAAGAUUGGAGAUGCUGAAGCUCUACAGAAACAGAGCAGCUGAUUUGAGUAUAGCCGAAGCAGAGUUGCAUAAAAAGCUUCCAGCGCACGUUCAGGGAGUUGUCAAAGGCAAACGCCUCUUGCUUUUUGAAGAGCGCCUGAAGGCGAACCUUUUCCCAGACAUGCAGGUUAUGCGUGACUUUUUGGAAGGUGUUGAUUUAGUGUGCGAGGAGCCUUUCUCAGAGCUUUUCCAUGAGAAGUUGCAACCAGCCGCCAUGACUGUCGAUCAGCUGAACUUGUCAGCCCCGCUGCAAAGAAAGCUUACAAUAGGCCGACCCCUAGCUGACCACGAGAAAGAACAUGCUGAUAGGUUGGUUGAGCUGUCUCAGGAAGAGGUGGAGGAGAAUUUCCUUAGAGGCCCCUUUUUCUCAGAAGAGGAAGUGACGGCCGAGCUGGGCACACCUUGCUGGACCUUGACCAAGCGCUUUUUGCUCGUUCAAGGCGAUGAUGGGAAAGAGCGCAUCAUCGAUGACUACCGCAGAAGUCAUGUCAAUGCUGCCUUUGCAUCCCGGUCAUACCUGGAGUUGCAAGAUGUUGAUGUUUUAGCAUCAUUAAUAACUCUCUUGAUGCGCUUGCUGAAAGAAGGGCCUCAGGUAUCGCUCCAGCUCUCUGACGGCACAGUCUUACACGGGAGGCUCUCAAGUGCGGCAAUGGCUGGCGAGGCUAUUCUGGGACGAUGCUUUGACUUAUCCAAAGCCUACAAACAACUGGCUGUGAGUUCCGCCAGUCUUAAAUACUCAGUGCUUGGAGCCCGAGACAGCAGCGGAAAAUGGUUUUACUACAUUGGCCAGUCCUUGCCUUUUGGAUCAACAGCCAGUGUCUACAGUUUCAACAAAACAGCUAGGGCUCUCCAGCCGGUGGUGCCUACAAGAAUGCAAGCCAGGUGCCCUGUCCUUCUCCGCACCAUCAACCGACGAGAGAGGCGGCACCUCACCCAGGCUUUGAAUCAGACCUGGAGUUCUGUGGCCACAUCACCGAUCUCGUCUUGGGCUCUUCUUCACCGUCACGGCCGCCAACAUCACCCAAAGCAGCGCUUCAAGUGGCUUCAACGCCUCCGGCGUCGUUGCGGCCUGACUGGUGUCCGUGUGGGGGAGGCUUCCCACCCUGGCCCUGAGGAUCCCUCGCAGCCUUCAGCCAUGGAAGUCGAUGCCGGGUUGGCUCGUGUUUUCUGUCCGGCCAACCAUAUCAGCAUGCGCCACCACAUCGAUGCUCAUCUGUCUGGCAGCUUGCAAGGCGAGGUGCCGCCUGCUUGGCUCCACACACAAGGGCGGACACGCUGCCUGGCCUGUGGCCUCAGUGUGUCUGUCCGGCACGGCGUGCACCCAACUUGCCACCCCGCCCUUCGUGCUGCCACAGCCCCGCCUGCCGCCAAUCAGCCAGGGCCUCAGCUACCCUCCUUCCGGGACAUCCAACAAGGCAGCACGCCAACCCUCCGCCAUGUGCCUCACAAUGCUCGGCACUUAUGGAGCCAGACUUUAACACGGGCUCUGGCCACAGUGGUGCACCGCAAUGAUGAACAGGCUUGGCAAGAACUCCUGAUGCUGCCCCGUUGUGUGCUCGGCACGCCCCCUCACAGCGGCCGCAAGCAUGUCAAGGCCAGUGCUGCCUACACCCUGGAUCGCCUCCACCGGUGGCAGCAGGGGGAACGAAUGAGUCUUUGGGAGUCUCGUGGCCGCUUGCUGGGAGGCGCUGGGCGCAGCAAGCCGCCAACUGUGGACGAGCAGCGGGCUCUUGCCACUGCUCUGGCCAGGGAAGGGUUUGACAGAAAAGCUUGCAAUGCUUUGCAGUCGGAGGGGCUCUGCCCGCAAACCGCUGCCACAACACAAGCUCUUCAAGCUCUUCACCCAGCCCAACCUGUUCCUACUACACCCGAGCUGGCGGCCCAACCUUUGGCCCCAGUGCUGGUGCCUGAUGCUGUGGCCCGGGCCUUGCGCAGUUUCCCAGCUGACACAGCUGCUGGCCCCUCUGGAUUGCGGGUCCAACAUCUUCGGGAAGCUUGUGCGUCUGGCUCGUCCGAAGCGUUGCUACAACAACUCUGCGGGGUGGUCGGCUUGCUAGCUCAAGGCCAAGCAUGUGCUGCUGUAGCUCCCAGCCUGGCAGGUGCUACGGUGCUGGACUCUGUUGCCUUGCGGUUUCCUGCUCUGACCCGUUGGGUCAUUUGGUGCUACAAGCAGCCUUCGGAGCUCCACUUCGGUCAAACCCACUUGCUCUCGGCUGGUGGGGUCCAGCAAGGAGACCCUUUGGGGCCGCUGCUCUUUGCCAGUGCUCUGCACCCCUUGGCGCUUGAGUUGAGCCAAGGGCCUCUGGACCUCGCCUUUUUCUAUUUGGAUGAUGGCGUCAUCGCGGGAGAUGUGGCGGCUGUUGGUGCUGCGCUGGCCCACAUCCAAACUCGAUCGGCUCACUUCGGCCUUCACCUCAAUUUGGACAAAUCGGAAGUGGUUUGCUUGCACAAUGGUAGCUGUUCCGGCCUUGCUGCCCAUCUCCAACAGGCCCUCCUGACCGAUGGUGCUGGGAACAGUCGUGUUCAGCGUAACUUUGAACUGCUUGGGGCAGCCGUGGGGGAUGACGACUUCGUUUCCACUCAUGCUCAAGACCGAACAGUCGCUGCCUCUCAGCUCCUGGAUGCCAUUGGUGGAUUGGAUGAUGCGCAGGUCGGCGUCCGCCUGUUACGCUCCAGCGCUGGGCAUUGCCGAAUGGUGCACAGCAUGCGGUGCUCGCCGCCUGGACCCCAGAUGGACAGCUUCAAGAUGUUUGAUCAACGAGUGCGUGCUUGCUUCAGCAGUUUAACCGGGCUUCACCCAACCGAUGCCCAGUGGCAGCAAGCAGCCAGAAGCUUUGCUCAGGCGGGGCUUGGCUUGCGCUCCACGCAUUUGGAUGGGCCAGCUGCUUACCUUUCAUCUGCAGGCAAAAGUCGUCAACUUUGUGCCCAACUUGACUCCAAGUUUUCUGACGCUGACUUCGCCUCGGGGCAUUUUGGUACUACCUUGCAGCUCUACAACAGCAACCUCCCGCCGGCUCAACAGGUUACUUUGCAGCAGUGCUUGGGGCAGCCGCAAAAACAGUUGACCACGGCCCUGGACGAUACCAGCUGGGAAGCCCAGCUUAGUUCUUCAACUUUGACUGGUCGUGCAUUACUCCUGUCUGAAGCAGCACCUGGCGCAAGAGCGUUCCUGGCAGCUCGCCCGCAUGGCCUGCUGCGCAUUGAGCCUGCAAUUUUUGUCACUGAGCUUCGCCACAGACUUGGGCUACCCGAUGCUGCUGACGACACAUGGUGCCCUCAGUGCAAUGGGGUUCUCGACCGUUUCUCUCUGCAUGCUGGGGCGUGUUCCGCGGGGGGGGAACGCACCCUCCGGCACCAUGCGGUUCGAGACACUAUUCUCCGAUGGGCCGAGCGGGCGGGCCUACAGCCUGAACGAGAAAAGCCUGGUUUGCUGUUGCCGCAGCGCCCCGAAGACACGAGCCUCGGGCGCCGUCGUCCCGCAGACAUCUUUGUACCUAGCUUAGCCGGCCUUCCGACUGCACUUGACAUUGCUGUUACAGCACCUCAGCGGUCGGAAAGCUUGCGCGAGGCUAGCUGCAAAAGUGGUGCCGCGGCCGACGCCUAUACAGAGGUCAAAGCUGGUCACCUUCAAACCGGCCAAGAUUGUGAACGUCAAGGAGUGCGCUUCCAGCCCUUGGUCGUGGAAAGCACGGGCGCCUGGUCUGCCACGGCGUCUCACACUCUCCGGCUUCUGGCUCGAGCAGCCGCGGCCCGGGAAGGCGAAGACGCUGCAGCAUGCCACGCCCAACUCCUUCAAGAGCUUUGCGUCACCGUGCGGCGAUACCGAGUACGGGCAGUCCUUCGUCGCAGAGCUGAACUGGCCAGUCCUGCUGAUGGUGAUGUUGCCCGCCCUGCUGCUGCUCUACUCUUAUCUCUGACGCAGUGGUUUGGCUACAUCGGUCAUGGCACCAGUAGUGAGACGGGCGUAGCCGAAGCUUUCACCAUUUUUUAUUCGUGCGCCCGCAAUCACAAGGCCACGUUUGCUAUCAUGUUUUCCAGUGACGGGUUGCUUUUUUCCAAUUCUCCUCAGGAGACUUUGGCUCCCGCUAUUACAACGAACUUUUGCGAUGACUAUCCCACUUUGGAAUUUGCUAUGGCUGCAGAAAACACCACCCAAGUGGUGUCGGGUUUCUUCCAAUUGCUUGGCUGGCGUCAUGCGGUCACUGGCAAGAAAGCCAAGCCCUUUGCAUCAACUUUUGCAGCCCUUGGAGUGGAGUAUGACCUGGCCAACCUCACCAAUGCCUUCUUUACAGUAGGAAACAAACCUGAACGCCUUCUACGGAUUGAACGGCUGAUUGGCCGAGCGGCCCAGCAAGGCAAGGCAUGCCAAAAGUGGUGCUUGAGUUUCGGUGGAGACGUAAGAUUGCCGGCAGAGCUCUUCACUUCCAUCUUAGAUGGAUCACCUUUUCCUAGAGUGGAAUGGGAUGGCUGCGAGGCGAAAUGGUGUCUCCAUGGUUCGGUUCGCCCACAUGAUCCCGAAACAAACAUGGCAACAAUGAACCGUUGGCCUUCGGUAUCCUUCGGUUCAAGCUUCUUUGAUCGCCAAGGGGGUUCAGGAGAAAUGGCAGACGAAGACAACUCCGAUAAGGAGCAAGAACAAGAGCCUGGUGAAAAACAGGACGGCUUGGCGGAGGAUGGAGAAAUAAAAACCGAUGAGGUUGACAAGGAAAAGGAAAAAUCCCAGGAAAGAUCUAGAGAACGAUCCCGGGAAAAGUCUCGUGAGAAGUCUCGGGAGAAGUCGCGUGAGAAGUCGAGAGACAAGUCCCGCGAGAAGUCGCGAGACAGAUCGCGUGAUCGGGAUCGAGGCCGAGACAGGGACAGAAGCCGCAGUCGUGGAAAAGACCGUGAAAGGAGGCGUGAAGAUCGAAAGGUCUUAGCUGUCUCCAACUUGAGUCGAAAUGUGAACGAAGAUCAUCUCAAGGAAAUUUUUGGCAACUACGGAAAGGUAAAGGAAGCAACCUUGGCGAUCGAUAAGACUGCAGGUCUCCCAAAAGGCUACGCGUAUGUUGAGUUCUACGAGGAGAGAGAUGCAGACAGGGCAAUCUCUCAUUUGAACACUGGACAAAUCGAUGGGAAUGUGAUCAGGGUGGAACAUCAAGCAGACCGUAAAAGAAGGUUGGAGCAUGCUCCGGUGAUGCCUGUGCGGCCAGUGCGACGUCCAGCUCCUGUGGCUCCUGUGGCUCCACAGCAGGCCAUUCUUCGACCUGGAAAGAAGGAGGAGAAGGAACGGGAUCGAGAUCGUGACCGGCGCGGAGAAACCCGAAGGGAAGAGAAGACCGGCCGAGAUCGUGACCGUGAUCGCGACCGUGACCGGGAUCGAGACAGGGACCGCCGAGAUCGCGAUCGCGAUCGAGAGAAGGAGCGUGCCAAGGAAAAGGAGAAGGAAAAAGAGCGGGAGAAGGAGAAAGAGCGCGAAAAAGCGAAGGCGCGAAAGGCGCGAGAAGAGGAGUCUGAUUCCGAAGAGGAUUCGGAAGAAGAGUCCAUUCCCAAGGCAAAGGCGAAGAAGCCAGCUCCGAAGAAGGCAGAACCUAAGAAGGAAGAAAAGAAGGAGAAGAAGGAGGAUAAGGAGGAAAAGAAGGCACCUGCAAAGGCCAAGGUGAAGGAGACCAAGGAGAAGGAAGAAGAUAAGAAGAAGGCGGCGGCCAAGAAGAAGAAGGAGGCUGAGCCUGAGAAGAAGGUCAAGAAGGUGACCGAGAAAGCUAAGACCAAAGAGAAAGCCGAAAAGAAGGAUGAGGUCAAGGCGAAGCCAAAGGCUAAGGAGAAGGAGGAAAAGGUAGAGAAAGCUGAGAAGAAGGUCGAAAAGCCAAAAGCCACCAAAAAGGAGGAACCUGCCAAGGUUGAGAAGGCCAAGAAGACCGAUAAGGCAAAGGCCCAGGCCGGUGAAGCCGCAAAGAAGGCCGUGAAGGCCACCAUAGCCAAGGAAAAGAAGCCUGCCACAAAGGAGAAGGACCCAAAGGCCAAAGCGAAAGGCAAAGUGAAGACAAAGAAGAAACAGUCCAGUGAGAGCGACUCCUCCAGUAGUGGCUCAGAGUCUGGCAGCUCGGAUUCCUCGGGCUCCGCCUCGGCACCGGCCAAGAGGAACAGGAGAGAAAUGAGUUGGAGCAGGAAGGAAAUGAAUCUGAGCGGCUGCGUCCCUCAGCUGCAGCUGUGCAGCUGGGAUCGGACAAUGAUUCCUUCGGAACAGUCAUCACCCUGAAACCAUUCGCUUGCCACCGGGCAGUGUAUUAGAUGCG